AUGGGUUCUACGCGUGUGUUAGUCAAUAUAUCACCACUUAGCGAUGAUAUCGCUGAAGGCAAUGAGGAUGUUGUGUUGACUAUCACCUCUAUCAUCGGUGCACCUGUUGGUGUGACAGGUACAAUUAGUACUACUAGCGCUGCUGCGGCUAUCGUUAUUGUUGAUGAUCCUGAUGAUACCAAUGUCACUUUAUCUAUCAUCAGCUUUGAUUCGACCGCGAUGGAGGGGGUUUCAGCGGCUUCUGAACCGGCGGUGUUUAGAAUUAGCAUUGAUGACAAUAAAGAAUUUAGCCGGGAUAUUACCGUCAGUUACGUGGUUCCACAGCCAUCAGCAGUAGGCAAUGCUCGUGAGGUUGAUGACUACAUUAGUAUUGGUAGAACACGAUUGAUUGCGGAAGGCUCAACUUUUAUUGAUAUCGAAAUAUCACCUGUUAAUGACAAUAUCUCAGAAGGUAAUGAGACGGUGAUCAUGCAAUUAAAUACAAUUAUUGGUCAGGCCGCUGGAGUGACAGCGGUGGCAUCCGCUACAAAUCGAGCAGAUUUGACAAUUAUUGAUGACGAUACAACUAUCAUUAUUUUACUGGAGGCUACCGAUUCUACGGCAACUGAAGAAGCAAACUUAAGUGACCCUGUCACAGAUUCUGCCAACUUCAGAAUUAGCAUCAGGGAUGGCAUUAUUCUGUCUACCAAUUUGACCAUCAAUUAUACAAUCAAUGGGAUUGCCAUUAACGGUGUUGAUUAUGCGAGUAUUGCUCUAAAUGCAACCUUGGCAAGCGGUUCGACUGUGGUGGAUAUAGCCAUUGUACCAAUUGGCGAUAAUAUCGCAGAAGGUGAUGAAACGUUUAAUAUUAAUCUGACAGCUGAUAGUGGGGCACCUUCGGGAGUCACGAUCAUAUUAUCGACUAAUACUGAACAAAUCAUUAUUAUUGAUGAAGAUACCAAUGUUGAAAUCAGUAUUUUAUCUGCUGAUAGCACUGCCAAUGAAAAUCCGACAGGAACCGCUGAAUUCACGAUUUCAUUGAAUAAAGAAAUCGCCACGCAAACAUUUUUAACCUACAGUAUUAGCGGAUCAGCAGUUAAUGGUUUGGAUUAUUCUGCAAUUGUUGAUAGCCACCUCUUUGCUAUUUCUAGUACCGCGCUGGCAACAAUCAUUACACCAAUACCAGCAAAUGGAGAUGGCAUUAGUGAAGGUGAUGAAACUGUUGUGGUUACAUUGAACAGCUUGACUGGUUUACCAGCAGGUGUAACUGUUGGCAUUGUUGUUCCAGCUGUUACAUUGACUAUUGAAGACAAUCCUACAGAGCUGAUCACAAAUGUUACUCUUCAAACCAUUGAUGGCAGUAUCGCUGAGGCGGGUGCUGAUACAGCGACAUUGAGGAUAUUUUUGGAAAGACCGGUAGCUAGAGACUUAGUUAUUAACUAUAGUAUUACUGGUAGUGCUGAUUUGGGUAUUGACUAUCAGAUUCUAGCUCUUAGUGUGUUAAUACCAGAAAACUCAACCUUUGUUGAUAUUGUUAUCACUCCAAUAGGGUCUGAUAAUUUAGGGGAAGGGCCAGAAACUUUAAUCGUCGAAAUUACCACGAUAACGGGACAACCUGCACAAGUGACACUGAAUCUUGUCGCUCCUAAUCGCGAGCUUUUGACUAUCGUUGAUGACCCGAAUGAUGCGCAAAUUGAUAUUAGUCUUCUGGCUACAGACCCUACUGCUGGUGAGCGAGAUACGACGGUUGGCGAACUAAAUCCUGAUUUUGGUAACUUUAGAAUUAGUUUAGAUAAUCCGGCAGCUACAGAUAUUGUUAUCAACUACACGCUCUCAGCUACCUCUUCAGCUGAUAAUGGUAUUGACUACAAUACCAUUGCUAUUUCCGUGACUAUUCCAGCGAUGUCUAGCUUUUCAGAUAUUAGUAUUUCUCCAUUGGAUGAUGUCGUUGGCGAAGGCGAUGAAACCAUUGAGCUAGUUUUGUUAGCCGCUAGUGGCCAGCCUUCAGGCGUAACAUUGACUAUUACGGCACCGGAUGAUCAGGUUUUAAUUGAAGAUGAUCCCGCUGAUUUAAUUAUUUUAGUGGAGACCGUUGCGCUUGAUAGCUCUAUCAGCGAAACAGGCGAAACUGCUGGGCGUUUUAACUUACGAAUUAACAAUCCUUUGGUCUUGGAUUUAAGUAUUACCUACACAUUAGGCGGUACAGCUAUUAAUAAUUCAGAUUAUUCCAGCAUAGGAAAUACUGCAAUUAUUGGCGGUAAUGUCGUGGUAAGCCAAGCGACAACAAACGUCGAUGUCAUCAUAACCGCUAUAGAUGACUUAAUUGCUGGGGAAGGUAAUGAAUCAGUGAGCUUAUUACUCACAACCGCCUCUUACCCUAAUCCUCAAAUCAAUGUAACAGUUAGUACUGCUGCUGCGGUAAUGGAAGUCAUCGAUAAUGACAUUGAGAUUUCAGUGCAGUUGUUAUCCAAUGGCGCAGCUUCAGAAAAUGGCAGUACGGCUAGCUUUUUGAUCUCUAUAGAUAAUGAUUUGAGAUUAGAAGCGCCACUGACAAUUUUAUAUAGCACCGGUGGUUCUGCGAUCAAUUCCCAAGAUUAUAAUUUGUCACAGAUCAACGCUGUUAUUCCUGCAUUGUCAACCAGUACGAUUAUUACCGUCAAUCCAGUUGAUGAUAUUGUCGCCGGUGAAGGUGAUGAAACACUUACCUUAACGUUGAACACAGUACAGGGAGCACCAGCAGCAUUAAGUGUAGUACUAAGCACUAAUUCACCAGUAGUAACACUGGUCGAUAAUGACACAGAAAUCAAUAUUGACAUCAACACGAUUGUUAGCCCCGCUGAUGAAAAUGGCUUUAUCGAAGGGCAAUUCCAAAUAGAAAUCACCGAUGGUAUUUUGGUUGCCCCGCUAACUGUAGGCUAUACCAUUUUGGGUUCGGCGAUUAAUGGUCUUGAUUAUAUCGCGAUUAAUAGCACACAAGUUAUUGCGCCUUUGAGUAGUGCGAUCGACAUUACGAUUACACCACAAGAUGAUAUCUUGGUUGAAGGAAUAGAGACGAUACAAUUGCAACUGCUGAACACUUCAGGCCAGCCUAGCGGUUUGACAGUUAUCAUUUCUUCAGCGAUUGCAGCGGUUAGCUUACUGGAUGAAGAUGAUCAAAUUACUUUACAAGUCAACAGCUUAGAUGCUACAGGCUCUGAAGUUGGCUCUAAUACUGCUACAUUCCAAAUUGCUGUUGUUGAAAAUGUUCAACUCUCACAAAAUAUUACAAUAGACUAUACUUUAAUUGGCACAGCCAUUAAUGCUAUUGAUUAUGACAAUAUAUUACCUCCAGCAAUUAUUACUGCACCUAGCACCUUUAUUAACUUAACGAUUACGCCUUUAGAUGAUGUUUUUGCUGAAGGAAAUGAAACUAUUUUGAUUCGAUUAAUUACUAUAUCUGGAGUUCAGCAGGGAGUGAUGGCCAGUAUUAGUAGUUCAACAGAUACUGCGUUGAUAACAAUUGAAGAUGAAGAUAUUAAUCUUGAUGUGGCGAUAAUCGCAACCGAUGGCAGUGCGAAUGAAGUAGGGCCGGAUAGUGGACAGUUCCAAAUUUCCUUAUCAUCGCAACUACAAACAGAUUUCACACUUUUCUAUAGUAUCGGCGGUGAAGCACUUAAUAAUAUUGACUAUAGCUUAAUCGAUAGUAGUAUCGUUUUUGUCUCAGGCUCUACCCUUGAGUCAAUUAAUAUUAUUCCGCGCAGUGAUGAUAUUGGUGAAGGCUUGGAAAGUGUAUCUAUUACGUUAUCGUCAAGCUCAGGGUCUCCGAAUGCUGUUUCGGUGGCCUUUACCAGUGGAACAGCUGUGCUGGACAUUGAGGAUGACCCAAGUGAUUCUCAAGUGUUUGUUAGGCUGAUAGCACAAGACCCAAGCGCCGCUGAAGCGAAUGCGAAUACAGGUGCAUUUCUGAUCACUUUAGAUAACGAACUUUCCAGAGACCUUACUAUCAGCUACACUUUAACGGGGUCUGCAACAAAUACUGAUGAUUUUGAAACUUUAACAACGACUUUACUCAUUGUUGCUGGUACUACAAAUUUAACAACCAUUAUUACGCCUAUCGAGAUUGAUAACCUAGCAGAAGGUGAUGCAACGUUCAUUGAUGACUACAUCAUUAGCCCAUUUCCAACACUGCUGAUUCCUGCUUUAUCGAGCUCGGUGAAUGUUACUAUUACAACAAUUGAUGAUAAUCUUGCCGGAGAAGGCAUUGAAACAGUCAGCUUGGUUAUUACUUCAGUAUCAGGUCAGCCUGCUGGUAUUAGCUUUACUAUAGAUUCAACUAGUGCGUCUAUUGAUGUUAUUGAUGCAGAAACUAAUGUGGUUGGUACUUUAACGGUAACUGAUGCGAGUGUGGCUGAGGUUGGUAAUGAUCGAGGUAUUUUCCGUUUCACUUUUGAUAACAAUAUUAGCUUUGUUCAAGAUAUAACUUUGAACUAUACAUUGACAGGCACAGCAAGCCCAGCGGAUUUCGUGGGCAGCACAUUGUUUAGCUCAUCUGUGAUUAAUACUGGGUUGAAUAGUAUUGAUAUCAACUUCGUACCAGUUAAUGACGGCCUUGGCGAAGGUUUGGAGAACCUUAUUCUUACUCUAACGACAAUAACGGGUGCUCCAAGUUCAGUCGAUAUACAGUUCCAAGCCCCAAUAUCAGGAUCAUUUGAUAUAGAGGACGAUCCUGCCGAUUCUAUUUUGGUGGUAACAGUUGCUGAAGAUGCAUCUGCGGUUAAUGAGGGUUCUUCAACAACCGCAUUUAAUAUCGCUAUUAGUACGCUAUUCAAUACUGAUUUAACCAUUCAUUAUAGUGUUCUUGGCACUGCUUCAAUAGGCGUAGAUUAUGGCAAUGUGGCGACCACUAUUCUGAUACCUGUGUCUACCACUAAUGCCGAUAUAGAAAUUAAUUUGAUUGAUGAUGCUCUUAUUGAAAGGACCGAGUCUAUUGAAAUUCAAUUGACCUCGGUAAGUGGCGUAGCCUCUGCAGUGACAACGAUUAUAAGUACUACUAACGCAGUUGUAGAGAUUAUCGAUAAUGAUAAAUUAUUAAGCAUCCAAGUUACUUCACAAGAUUCUACAGCCGCUGAACCUAUUACUGCUGGCAACCUUGGCAGCAAUAUUGGCACUUACCAAAUUACAGCUUCAAAUCCAGCAGCAUUUAAUUAUAUUUUAGCGUAUAGCUUGCUAGGUACGGCUGGCAAUGGUUUAGAUUACUCUGCAAUCAACAACACAUUUAUUGGUACCACGAUAUUAAUUCCUGCAAAUUCAACAGUCGUUAACCUAAACAUCAAUCCUGUCGGAGACGAUAUCGCUGAAGGAGAUGAAACCCUUCAAUUGAUUCUACAAACUGCCACAUCAGUUAUAGCUGGCGUCACUGUUAACCUGAGUUCUACUGCCGCUGAAAUACUUCUAUUAGACGAAGAUGUAUUUUUAGAUUUUUCAGUUUCCGCCGGCGAUAAUCAAGCUUCUGAAACCAAUGAUAGCUCUACUUACUUAGUGUCUAUUGAUGCUAAUAAGACAUCUAAGCAACCGAUUACAGUAACUUAUAACUUUACUGGCUCUGCAACUAACGGACAAGAUUUUAGAUUGGUCGCUCUAUCACUACUGCUAUCAGCAAAUCAAAAUUCCACUUUGAUUGAAAUCUCACCAAUCGAUGACUUUGUUGGCGAAGGCACUGAGUCUGUUCGUAUUAAUUUGUUAUCGGCAAGUAACGCACCUAGUGGCGUUGUUUUAGCGAUUAAUACAGUUUCUGCUGAUAACCUUAUUACUGAUAAUGAUACCAAUUUAACUUUAGCCAGCAGUAUCAUUGACUUUCUAGCUGAAGAACAGGGUCCGAAUACGGGUGCGUUCCGAAUACUUUUUACUAAUAAUGCUUUAACUGUACUAAGUAGAGAUAUUCAAGUUAGUUAUACGUUCGCGGGUAAUGCGAUUAACGGCCUUGACUACAUCGUUGAUCAAGGACCAAUUACCAUACCGGCAGGAAGCAGUGGCGUAAAUUUGGUAUUUACACCUAUAGACGAUGAAGUGGUUGGCGAAGCGAAUGAAAGUGUUACUUUAAUUUUGUUGAGUACCUCAGCAGCACCCACCGGUGUAACA